AAUACUCACUUUGAGCACAAAGUGAUGUCAUUAAAAUUCGAGCAUAAGCUGGAUACCAGUAUAUAAUUCCAAGAGUUAGCAUUAUUAUUUUAUACUUAAAAUUUGUGUGAAAUAAAAAGAAAGGAAAAUAGUGACAAUGGUGCACACAUUAGAAAAAGUAUGUUGCCUGAGCCUUCGAACCUUCGGUUUAGUUAUCGGCUGGUUAGGUGCGAUUGGAUCCAUUGCUGGUGUUAUUUUGUCGGCUUGUGCUUUGCGAUACUCCAAUGAAAUCGCAGAUUACCUGCUCAGGGAAGCGCACACUUCUAUUACUGCGAAUACACAUGCUGAUGCCCGUUCAGAGGUUGUCUUGCUUGGAACCAUUUACUUAGGUUCUUCUCUAAUUAAUGGUGUCGUAUCAUCUUUGCUCGUCUUCGGCAUACUAAAGAAUCGCUAUGUGACGAUUUUGCCAUGGCUGGUUAUUAAUUUCAUAGGCUUGGCGCUGAACAUUUUAUAUAUAUUAUUUUUAUUCGUGGUAUAUGCCAUCUAUCAAGGUCCAAUUGACAUUGUUAUAAAGUUCUUCGUCGGACUAGCGUAUUUCGCUCUUUACUAUUACGUAUUCUGCGGGAUAUGCUCUCUGUACAAACAAAUGUAUAAGAGUAUCCGACACCAACCCCUGGUGUAGGAUCAGUGCAGCAAAAAGCUAAAUUCGUGGAAGAAUCGUCUUUAGAGCCAAGAUAAGCUAACCGUCAGUGUUCAUCGCUUACAUAUUAUAAUCGAAUUAUAUCGAAUAUUAACAUUUCCAUUAUUAAAGUUAUUUACCCUUUGCAUUAAAGAUCGUUAAUCAAUGACAUUAUUGCAUCGC